CUACGUUCAAACAGACGCUGCCCUUUGCAGAACAACACAGGAGAACCUGAGGAACUAUGGGUUUAUUUCUACUUAUGUUUACAAUGAGAACUUCAAGACCUCUAAGGUAAGGGGUUCUCUGGUCAAAUCUCUGAGGAUCCUGGUGGAGUGACAGUCUUUAGUCAACCCUAGUCUUUUUAUUCGCCCCAUUCGUCUGGUUGAAGUCAUGGCUCUCACUUUGUGGCAGUACCAGUUUCGAAUAAUCAUGUUAGGAGACUCCACAGUGGGCAAAUCAUCCUUGUUGAAGCGCUACACAGAAGAUCUGUUUCUGGAGUGCAUCAACCAAACAGUCGGAGUGGACUUCUAUGUACACUUCCUAGAGGUGGAACCUGGGGUGAGGGUCAAACUUCAGUUCUGGGAUACAGCUGGUCAAGAGAGGUUUAGGUCUGUGACUCGCUCCUACUACCGUAACUCAGUCGGAGGUCUUCUGGUGUUCGAUCUGGGCAACCGCAAAUCUUUCGAAAACGUGCAGCAGUGGUAUGCAGAGGUGUGCGAACGUGUACAACCCUACACUGUGCUCUUUGUGCUGGUGGGACACAAAAGUGACCAGGUCAAAGCUGGGGAGCGAGCCGUGGACCGAACUGAGGCAGAAAAGCUCGCAAGCCAAUUGGGAGCACCGUACAUCGAGGCCUCAGCCAAAACAGGUCACAAUGUGAAAGAGGCCUUUGAACUCUUGACCCAGCAGGUUUAUCAGGGCUUAAAAAGUGGAGAGAUCCAGUUGCGUGAUGGGUGGGAUGGAGUCAAGAGCUCAGCACUUACAGCCCAAACACUCGAGAGGAAACAAAACAAGGAAGCCGCUGAGAAAAACAAGAGCUGUGCUUGUUAACUUACAAUAUGUGAUUCUCACAACCUUUGAGUGCAGAUCAUCAAAUAGGAUGGAUCGGUCUGACAUUGCCAAAUAUACAUAAAAGCAAAUGUCAAGGUCUUUCAGAUUGUAGGUAUGAAAUUUGAUCAUCAGCCAGAACUUUCAUAACAGCAUGGAUAAUUUGUGCUUAUCUGCAAGUUUUCAGCAUUUGCAAACCACACUGAAACUCUUGUUUAAUGGCAUAUACAUACAUGUGUACAUUUGAUUUCCAGUUGUUUUUUCAAAUUUCUGGACUCAACUUUGGAUAAAGGUCUUUAGUAGUGUGGCAACAGUGUUACUGCAUCAGUUGAAUAUUUUAACUGCUAUUCAUCCAAUUACAUUCAUUGCCAUGCAUUUGGCCACAUAUUUCCAUAAACAUGGUUGUAUAUUUGCUGAUACAGAAAGGGCUGCCUGAAAUUUAUAGCUCUGCCUGUAAUUCAUAAUUGCAUGUGAUUCUGGAGGUAUGUAAGACGUAGAAGUAAUUAACUAAAAUAUUACAUUUACACAUAAUGGGAGUUUAUAUAUUCAUUUGCCACAGUCUAGACACAAUGCUGAAACAGUUUAUGAUAGUUAUUUCUGAAAUUAUGUCCAACACAACCUGAGUGAUUUCAGUGAGAAUAAAUCACAAUAAGUCUUUUUUAUUCAUGAAAAACAAGAGACUGUAAAACACAGUGAUACAUGGCAAAAAAAAAAAGUUUAUACUCAGUUUAACUCCACAGAAAUUUUCAAAUCUGCCCACAAACCCAGAGCAGAAGGGGUUUAUGCACCAUUUCCUAUACAUCACACAUAUAUCACUCUCUAACCAAUUAGCCAAUCUGCAUUAUGUCACUAGUCCCAAUGCAAUUAAUUAAAUAGGGAAGUGGUAUUUAUUUCUCUGGUAAAAAUGACUGCUUACCUUUAGAAAGUCACACACUAAAGAUUUCCUCUAUAGUACUAAAUAUUACUUAAGUGAUGAGUUCUAUAACACCGAACACUAUGAACAAAUCAGACACAUGGUGAUUGUAAUUGUGCAUAGCUAUUAAUGCCAGCUGAGCAAAAGUUGUGUGACGGCAUGACAGGUCAGCUAUACAUGAAAUAUGAAUGAAAAUGUGGUUUGUGGGAGAAACAAUAAACAAUUGAUGUUUUUCACAGGAGUCUGUGAGAUUCUAUAAUAUAAUAAACCCCAGUAUAGCACCAAGCCAGAGACUAAAGUG